GCGGGGCCGGGCUGUUUCUGGCGGCGAGGCUGGUGCUCGCGCGCAGGUCGGGCGGAUCCUACCUGGCUGCUGCAGGGCGGGCUCAGGGCUCGAGGCUAGGGCUCCUUUCCCUUCCCGCGGCCAUGGAGCGGCUGACGUUGCCUCCCGGCGGCGCGGAGGCGGUAGACGAGUACCUGGAGUACAAGAGAAUUGUUGGUGAGGACGAUGGAGGGAAACCUUUUACUCCUGAAGAGUAUGAAGAAUACAAGAAAAAAGUCUUACCCAUGCGUUUACGGAACAGGUUAUUUGUGAGCUGGCGGUCACCAACAGGAAUGGACUGUAAACUUAUUGGCCCAGAGACACCGUGUUUUUGUACGCAUAGGUAUAAACAGCAUAAAACAGACUUUGAAACGCUUCCACAGCAGCGCCCCAUUGACCUGCCUUGCCAGGUGGCGGGGUGCCGAUGCAAGGCUUACCAGUACGUCCCUCAGAAUGGCACCCAGCCUGUUCGCUGCAGCUGCAAACACUUCGCUGACCAGCACAGCCCUGCACUUGGCUUCAUAUGCAACGCCUGCUUCAAGUGUUCAGGCUUCCGCAGCUGCUUCACUUGCCUCUGUGGCCAGCCCGCGUAUGCCCAUGACACAGUGGUGGAAACGCGACAGGAAAGGCUGGCUCAGGGAAAACCAGUGGGACAGGAUGUUCCUUACGCAGCCAUGGGAGGUCUGACAGGUUUCAGCUCAUUGGCAGAAGGCUACAUGCGCUUGGAUGAGAGCGGCAUUGGUGCACCCUCGGCUGAAGUUUUGAAUGCUCCAGUUUCAGCCAUGGACCACCCAUUCCUAAGAGCCUGGCAAAUGCCAUCUACUUCUUCUCCACAAACACCAACAGAUGCAGGUCCAAGCACUCAGAAUUCUUCCUUAAGGAAACCUGAUGAGGAUGAUAUGGCAUACUUUGAAAGACGAUACCAGGAAAAGCUAAAAAUGGAAAAAGCUGCUAAGCGGAAAGGAAAAGCCCCAUCGCCAGCAGGUACAAAGCCUUCUUGAAGUCUAUGGGACAGAUUGGAGCCGCCAUCCGGAUGCAUCUUCUACUUAUUUAUUUUCUCUCAGCCUAUGUAAUUCCUAAUGUAUACAUAUGUCUUUUGAAUUUUGCUUAGCUUAUUGAAACAAGUGAAAUGGAAUUUGUCAGAAUUCAUGACUUAGCACUUUCAAUGCUUUUUAAAUAGUCCACUGUGUAGCCUAGACUGGCUUUGAAGUCACAGUACUUCUGCCUCAGCAUAUGUACACCUUUUCUCUCUCUUAGUGAGUUAUACAUGUUAUUUUCAUAUGAUUAAAACCCUGAAAGUACAGUAGGUAUUUUUAGUUUAUCAUAAUUUAACUUUUGUAGGCUAUCUUAAAAAUUAAGGGUAUUAUUAAAGGCUUUAAACAAA